CUGUCUUAUCAUCUAACAUUUUUAGCAAGUCAUCCACUUUAUGAUAGUAUUCAUCAAAUUGAAUUCACUCCGUCAAAUUAUUUUCUCAAUUAACCUGACGGAUUUUGUCGGAUGUCUUGAGCCUAUCUACUCGAUCGUUCCGAAAGAUUCAACAAGUCCAAUGAGGAGUCCUGUUAAACCAUAACGAGAUUUUCUUACUUGAAAGAUGAUCGGUUAGAUAUUUUAUGGCUUCUUUUCUUUUUUCUCAUACGUCUCUUAUCAGUUCGAUAUUCUUACAUUUUAAAGAAAUAUCUUUUUGCAUUUUAUUCUUCAAUAGUCUUUCGAUAUUUGUAUCAGCUUUUAAAUAUCCUCGUUACUAUUAAUUAUGAUAAUUUAUUUGUACUAUUUUACAUUUACAUAUAUAUAUGUGUGUGUGUGUGUGUGGUAUCAAUAUAUGAUAAUAAAGAAAUAUUAUACUUUAUCUUUUAUCUUCGUGUUACUUUAGUAUUGUUUAGUUAUAUAAUAUUUAGUAUUGAGGAUACCAGUCCCUGAUAACAAAUAAGAUACUUUUUCUUCUCUCUCUCUCUCUCUCUCUCUCUCUCUCUCUCUCUCUUUCCCUGUUCGUUGAUCCUUCUCCUUCUCUUCGUUUCAAGCAUGGAAGCGCCUCGACUCACUGGCUGGAGAACCGGAGUCUCUCCUGCGGAACAUCCCCGGCAGUUUCUCGUCGACGGCCAUCCGGAUCGACUCGCGAUCAAGGUUGAUGCUCGAAAGAGAACGAGGAUUUUUAUUCAACGCGGAAGCAACCCCCGCCGCGGUCGUGGACCUCGUUAAAGAAAGAAAAAAAAAAAAAAAAAAAAUACUCCUGACGUUAACGUUUCAUUGGAGUAUUCUCAUACGUUGUCCUGAAAAAGGAGUUCAGUGUGUCAGUGCGAAUUCGAAUGACAUUACAAAAUUUACGGAUACGUUUGAGAUCUUUUUUUGGUCAUAUUUCAUCCCAAAUGAUUUUCACGUUAGAAAAAUGAAGAACUUACGAUAAGAAUUAUAAAGAAUGGAAGAUAAUCCAUCGGUAUGAAGUUAAGGAUAUUUAGAUGAAACUCUAGAUAUUGAUUUCUAUCGAUGAUACGUCUUCAAAAGUGGAAAGAAAGAUGUCUGUUGCUGGAUUGUCCUGUUACGGGGAUGGAUUCCGAUUGGUUGGGCCACCAUCGGAAUGUUCACUUCGAAGCAAAGCUAGAAUUGAUGCUCUCUUUGAGGAUUGCAGAUCCAUCUGCAGUUCGACUAUCGGUGGUUGGUAUGCCGGUAUCUCAACGGUAACGUCGAUUCAUUGUGAAGAUCAAAGUUUCGAGGAGCAAAAGAGAGUAAAUAGUGCAGUCCAAGCAAGAAUCGAGGCGAUGUUUGCUUCCGUGGAAGCUGAAAGCGGAACACCAGGGGAAUGUGCGGCUGCAAUAUUGCCGGUGAAGUACAUGGGUGCUGCUCCAGUUGGUGGUCGAGUAGCAAGCAUUCGUGGUCUUCAAGAACCUCUUCGUCAGCUUUUAGAGAAAAUCGAUGGAUCAAUUCAAGCAGAAUUAGAAGUAUCUAGACGUGGACUGACCUUUCGAACAGGUGAGACCUGUGAGAAGAAUAAUCCUUUUCGUAGAAUAGCUGUCUGGAGUGCAUUGAGACUUCGAUGUAGGAAGAUUCAGUCGGGCGAGUCGCAUUACGCUUUUCUACCACUGGUUGGAGAUCCUGAUCAAGGUCAAGGAACCGAUGACAAGCACGCUGAUCUCUACAGGACAAUGCGUGGUUUGAAAAGUGACGUUGACGUUUAUCCACCUAUCUUUGCUGUGGUCAUGAGACGUGCAGGAGCAGCAAGAUUGUUAGAAUGUCAUGCAUUUGCUUGUCAAACGGAAGAAGAUGCAGUUGCUGCUGCGGCUACCUUGUAUAGAGCAUUAUUAGCUGAUCUUGAUGGGAAUCGAAGAAGACCUAGACAUACUAACGGUUUGGGCUGCGUUAGCUUGGCUUCGGUAGUUUCUAGCAUUCGAGAAGCCAGUCCAAGUAAUAAGAGUAAUUUAUUGACAUCACCAUUACCUAAACCAAAUGUUCCACCUCAUCCGGUAAGACCACCGAGGUCGAAAAAGAAUUCCAUUUCGAAUUCAGCUACCGAAGAUGAGAGUAAUAACAAAUCUGUUGGUGUCCAAAAAGCACCGAGAAGAAAAAAGAAAACGAUAUCGGACGUACAAGCUGAAGAUAUACUCGAAGCUAGAGGAAGAAGAAGGGAACCCAUUAAACCGGACAAGCCAGUAAGCCUUAUCCAAAAGAAUUUGGAACAAUUUGAAAAAAAAGAUGAUAUUAAAAAUUCCAAAAAUAUUCAACAAACGGAAAAAAUCGAGAUUGAUCGGCCAACUAGUCGUAUGGAUAAGAUCUACGAUGAUAAAACUAACAGUAGUAUUUACGGAGUCCAAUCUAAUAUUUACGAAAAAUUAUUAUCAUCCAGAAGAAGCAAUGAUUUCGAUACUAACUCGAGAUCUAUUUACUUGCCAGCGCGAAAAGAUGAAGCUCUUCUUUCAAGCGAAAAGAAUUACGGAUCUUACGAUUUUUCUCGAAGAAAUUUUAACAUUGAAAAUACAAAGGAAUCUUAUUCUAAGAAAUCAGAUUGUUUUCCUAUUUACGAUAGAAUCGAUAAACCAUCGAACACGAAGAAUCCGAUUUAUAUGGAAAGCACGAAGAAGAAUGAUCGACAAAAGAUCUAUGAGGAACAUUUCAGAGAUGCGGAAAAGAUCUAUAGUCUUGGUCAAGAAGAUAUUUACGUUCCUGGUAAUAAGAAAAUGGAUCGUGGACACGUUCACAGUUCUCAGGAGAACGUAUUCUUUUCGAGAAAUCGUAAAAAUGAUGCCUAUGAAGAUUAUAAAAAGAUUCCUCAGGAAAAACACUGUUCUAGAAACAAAGAAAAAUCCUCUGGUACAAAACUCUGUAGAGUUGUUACCAUGGAUAAACCCUUAAAGAAGACAGGUUCUAAUGACUCAGAAAUUGAACCGAAGAUAUCAGAGUACAGUCAGCCUCGAGUUAGAAGAAGAAGUAGAGCCGGUAGCGAGCCACCAGUCGGUAGAUCUGAAAGUACUAAGAAAAUUGUUCAAGAGACUAGACUGAAGAGAUCACAAAGUGAUUUAGACGUAGAGAGAGGAGAUUUAAUGACUAGAGUGGAAUUACCAAGAAGAGCGAGUUUUCUAAAACCUGGAAGUACCAGAAGAGUAAACAAUAUGAAAGGUGGAACUCCUUUGGGAUUUACUGAACUCUUCGAUGAAUUUAGAAAUCAGGAAGGUUUGACCAGCGUCGACGACAUUUUGGCAGCUAUUAUAGAUCCAGAAGGUAUGUCAUUUAACGAUCUCAAGCCACUAUACAAAGAAUUUUUAUUAAAACUCGCUGCUACCUUGACACAAGAUGAACUCUAUCAAAGAUCUGCUAGUAUAAUGAGAAGACGACGUAGACCACAAAGAAGACGAUCGACUCGUCGACCUUGUCUAUUAGGACGUGCUAUCAAAAGAUCCGUCUCGAGGUUAAAAGGUGGACCAACCGAAUUCACAUCGGUUAUAUUUCCUGCUAGAAGAUUGAAUGAUAGUUUUGGAAGUAGUUCGUCUUGCGAUGCUAGGAAUAAUCAUCGAAAUCGUGUCUUGGCCAAUAGGCACGGGAAGAGACGAUCGUCCUGGAGAAUGAACAAGCAUGGACAGUGUCAUACAACUUCGGAGGACAGUGACACGUGUAAACGAGCUAGUCGCAAUGCUGGGGCAGCUGCAAAUAGAAGCAGCAGUGGUUACGUAAGUUGCAGCGAAUGCAGCUACGAUUCCGAAUCCUGCACCUGUAUCUCAGCGGAUAAAUGUUAUUGUUCCCUGUCCAGAAGACAACUCGUAGAACCUAUCGUCCCAAAUACAGUUGUGUGUGCUUGCGACACGGACAGUUGUUCGGAAAGCAACAAAUGUUAUUGCGGAAGGACACCUGUACGAUCCAACAUCCUGGAACAAUUGAGACAAAAAGGUAUUGUGCCGUCGGAGAGUACCUUAAGUAGAGGUGGAAGUCCCGAUAGAAUAACAUCGUCAAAAACCUCUAGGAGUCAUACUUCUUCACAUAACUCUGAAUUAUUGAAGAUUCAAUCCUCUCCGGUUUGUGGUAGUUCGGACAAUUUAGCAUUGGAUUAUGAUCUCUUCAGUCCAGGAAGAAAAUCCCAACAAUCAUCCGAUAGCGAGAAGGUGUUGGUUGUAAGUGCUAGAGAUACUCAAGGUCGUUUGGUCUACGUUGGAGGGGCAGAACGAGAGAAGAAAUGUUUCUCUCAUGGUAACGUUAGAUCUGACGCUCAUCAUGAAGCACUCUCGAUAAAAAAAAGUGCUGAAAUUGCUGCUGUCUUUGGAUCAGAUUCUAAUAAAAUUUGUAGGAGAGCUAGUAACGCAUCUAGUAUCAAAAGUUCCAUCAGUUUGGAAGCUGGUUUAGGAUAUUUACCUUGAUGGUAAUGUUUCCUGAUCUGUCAAUGACAGUUUUAUAUCAAAACUUGAUCUCAAAGCUACAUAGCUAAUUCAAGUUUAGUAAAGUAACAUGAGCAUAUUUUAGUCGAUGAUAGUUUAUUUCUUGAUUUCUAAUAUAAAGAAAAAGAAGAAAAUAACGUAUCGCAUGUAAGUUCCAUAAGAAUGGUACCUGUUGCAAAUUUAAUUAAUGAAAAACAAAUAAUACCAUAUUAAAAUAUAUUCUCUUAUAAUCUAUAAGUCCUUGAUUCUUUCCAGAUAUUAAAUAAUAAUAUCUUCGAAAGAACGAGAUCGAUAUUAUUAAUGCUUUUGCUACUUUGAACCUGAAUGGCUUAAGUUAGUAAACUAAGGGAACAGUGCAAUAUCGUGGAUCAUGUAUACAUAUCCUUCGUGAAUACAUUUUUUAAAUAUAUUACCGCAUUAUUUUAUUAUCAAGCGCAAGUUAUAUAUGUAUCUACACACACAUAUAUAUAUAUAUAUAUAUAUAUUAUGUAGCGC